CACUAUUGCCCCUCUCAAUCAUCAGCUGUGAACACUCGCAUCUACAAAUAUAUACAUACAGAAAAUUGUAAUUUGGCAGAUCAACGCGGAUUUGAAGCGAAGAUGAUGUCCGGCAAUUACACAUCCAUUGACAAUCAAAAUGUCACCGGAUCUGUUCCGUCGGUCGGUGAUCCGCCGCCGCACGUCGUUGUAAAAUUUAAUGAUUCAAAUCUGCAGACAUUUCCGCCUGCCGGAGCUCAGGGGAAGAUCGCCGGUGCCUCACGUCCCCCUCGCGACGCCGAUGAUACAUUUGGCAAACCUGCAUCUGGUUCUGAUGAGCCCCAGCAAAGUGGUUGGUUUCGAACCUUCACAAUUGCGGCAUACAGGCCCUAUUUUGAUGUUGACACGUCUGAUGUUCUAGAAAGGAUAAAAGAUUCAUUGUUCCCUUUCAGAGGAAGCUUCUCAGAAAAGACUGCUAACAAUCCAGACUUGUAUGGGCCUUUCUGGAUCUGCACUACCUUGAUAUUUGUAGCGGCUUCCAUCGGUACAUUUGUGACCUACUUAGCGCACAAACUGCAAAAAAAGGAAUGGGACUACGAUAUCAACCUGAUGACCUGGUCUGCUGGAUUGUUCUAUGGCUAUGUCACUGUAGUGCCUCUUGCCUUGUAUAUAGUCCUCAAAUACUUCUCCGCUCCGUCUGGCUUCGUUCAGCUGCUUUGUCUCUAUGGCUACUCGCUGUUUGUCUUCAUUCCUGCUUUGUGUUUAUCGGUGAUUCCCCAGGAGAUAUUUAGAUGGGUAAUAGCUGGUGUAGCUGGGUUGAUGUCUGCAACAUUUGUUGCACUGAACCUCAGAAAUCACAUAAAAUCUGCAGGCGAAAGUUGGUUCCUCAUUGUAGCCGGUAUCUUCUUGCUCCAGCUGGCACUUGCUUUGGUUCUUAAAUUAUACUUGUUCACAAUCACCGUAUGACUGUAAUUGCGAUCGAAAAUGCUAUACGUCGUCUAGAGAGAGAGAGAGAGAUCGAGUAACUUUUUCGUAUUCAUUCAUUUUUGGCAGUGUUAUUAUUAUAUGUGCUCUUUCUCUAUAAUCUCUACCCUUUAGUGGAUCAUAAUGUGAAUACUGAAUAUAUAUCAUGAGUUUAACCAACUUUGUAUUUGUAUUUGUAGAUUUCGUUUUUCGGAUGCUUAAUCUUUAUUUCUUGCCAACAAAACAAUUGUCUUCAUUUGACAUCUAUUACUACUCGAAUAUUCUUUUGUCACGUAUCGU